CGUCCGUGGGAACCCGAACAGCCGGGCCCCGGUCCGACCCCCCUGAAGCGAGGCCGCUACUGGGCCGUCACCACAUCAGCCCAGCCCCUGCCUCCGCCCUCCGCCCCCCGUCAGGAGCUUAAAGCCAGGGGCCCGCGCCGGGGGCCACACUCUCCUCUGCUACCAUGAAGGCACUGCUCGUGUUCGCCGCGCUGUCGCUGGCGGUCCUCGCCAGGGACACCUUCGAUGGGCACCAGGUGCUGCGCAUCUCGGCCAAGGAUGAGCUCCAACUCUCGGCCCUCCGGGACUUGGAAGCCCUGGAUCACCUGCAGCUGGACAUCUGGAUCGGGGUGCGUGAUGUGAGCACCCCUGUGGACAUCAGGGUGCCCGCCUUCAGUCUGAGCACCGUCAAGUCCCACCUGGACUACUACGAGAUCCAGUACUCGAUCAUGAUCCGGGACCUGCAGGUUGCGUUGGACGAGGAAGCGGAAGAGAUGGACGCUGCAACACGUGAUGUUGAGCCCAGAAACACUGACGCCUUCGACUACUCCAGAUACCACACCAUCGAAGAGAUCUACAAUUUCCAGGACAUGCUGGUGAGUGAGAAUCCCAACCUGGUCAGCAAGAUUGUGAUUGGUCGGAGCUACGAGGGCCGCCCCAUCAACGUGCUGAAGUUCAGCACCGGUGGGACUAGUCGCCCGGCUAUCUGGCUCGACACUGGAAUCCACUCCAGAGAAUGGGUCACUCAGGCCAGCGGAACCUGGUUUGCCAAAAAUAUUGUGGAUACGUAUGGGAAGGACCAGGUCCUCACGGCCAUCCUCGACAAGAUGGACAUCUUCCUGGAGAUUGUGACUAACCCUGAUGGUUUCGCCUACACUCACUCCAAGAACCGCAUGUGGCGUAAGACCAGGAAGCCCAACCCCGGGUCCUCCUGUGUGGGAGUGGACCCCAACAGGAACUGGGACGCAGGCUUCGGAGGAGCGGGCGCCAGCAGCAGCCCUUGCUCCGAGACGUACCGCGGACCCAGCGCCAACUCCGAGUCUGAGGUCAAGGCCAUCGUGGACUUUGUCAAGUCCCACGGCAACAUGAAGGCCUUCGUCUCCAUCCAUGCCUACUCCCAGAUGCUGCUGUUCCCCUACGGCUUCACCAAGAGCCCCGCCAGAGACCACGGGGAGCUGAACGAGCUGGCCAAGAAGGCAAUCACCAACCUGGCUUCACUGUACGGCACGCGCUAUCGCUACGGCAGCAUCAUCAACACCAUCUACCAAGCCAGUGGCGGUACCAUUGACUGGACCUACGACCAGGGCAUCAAGUACUCCUACACCUUUGAGCUGAGAGACACGGGCCGCUAUGGCUUCAUCCUCCCUGCCAACCAGAUCCUGCCCACUGCCAAGGAGACGUGGCUGGCCCUGAUGACCAUCAUGGAUCACAGCAGCAGGAACUCCUACUAGGUGGCCCGCCAACCAAUGCUAGGGACUGUCUGGUGCAAUGCCUGUUCCCUGAACGCGGUGGAAUAAAAUACUCAACCGCCA